AGAAGAAUUUGCAACGAAGUCCAUCUUUUAUUCACUCAAUAGGAGAGUAAAGGCGCAAAGAGGCAGAGUAGUGGACUCGCCGCUCCCACAUUUACUGCAAGACAGCGGCGGCGGUUUAAGGUUUUAGCAGACGAAGAGAGAGAAAAAGAAGAAGGUAGGUAUGGUGAAACUCACGGCUGACUUGAUAUGGAAGUGUCCUCACUUCUUCAAUCCCCUUAAAGAGCGAGAAUUGGAUCUUCGAGGUAACAAAAUUGCUGUUAUAGAGAACUUGGGUGCUACCGAGGACCAAUUUGAUACCAUUGAUUUGUCUGAUAAUGAGAUAGUGAAGCUGGACAACUUCCCUUAUCUUAAACGCUUGGGCACCUUACUUAUAAACAACAACCGAGUAACCCGUAUCAAUCCCAAUAUUGGAGAGUUCUUGCCGAAAUUACAUACGUUGGUUCUCACAAAUAAUCGGCUGGUUAACUUGGUGGAGAUUGAUCCUCUUGCAUCACUUCCUAAGCUGCAGUUCCUUAGCCUGUUGGAUAACAAUAUUACGAAAAAACCUAAUUAUAGGUUAUAUGUGAUUCACAAACUCAAAUCACUUCGUGUUCUAGAUUUCAAGAAAGUGAAGGCUAAGGAGAGACUAGAAGCUGAAAACCUCUUUGCAUCCAAAGAAGUUGAAGAGGAAAUAAAGAAAGAAUCUGCAAAGACAGUUGCACCAAAAGAGGUUCCAAAUGUUUCGGAAGUUGCAGAGGAAGAAGAGACGCCAAAAGUGGUUGCACCCACACCUGAGCAAAUUAUAGCUAUCAAGGCUGCCAUUGUGAAUUCUCAGACGUUGGAAGAGGUUGCAAGACUUGAAAAGGCAUUAAAGACAGGUCAGCUUCCUGCAGAUUUGAACAUUCCUGGUUUUGAUACCAAUGUUGCUAAAGGGGGAGAUGAAAAGGGGGAUUCUGAUAAUCAGAAUGAGGCCAAUGCUGAACCGGAUAAGAUGGAUGAAGAAAAGAAUGAAGAAGCUGCACCCAUGGAACAAGAAUAGGGGUUGUGGAUUGGUGGAUUCAAUAGCAGCCAAUCACUAGCCGAACUCUUGAAUGAUUGGUCUGCAGCAAAGGAAGGGGUUAUGGAUUUUCUGUAGUAUUAAGGAUUUUGGUUAGCACUGAGGUAUAUUUUAUUUGGAUAUUGAGUUUGGAUUAGCACUUUUCCUGUGCUAAUGGAUGGUUUUGAGAUUAACAUCUCACG